UAUAAAAAGAUCUCUUUCCAUUGACCGUCAUGAAAGGUUUAUCUAAGGUCUAACUGGUUUUCUGAUAAUCUCAGUUAUCUGAUAUAAGCUUCAACGUCUUCAACAUCCUUAUUCUACUAUGCUGCCGGCGAAGAUCUUCAGCUGCCGGCUUGUUAAUCAAGCCAAAUCGCCGAUUGCUUCGAUAAUCUUCUUUGCUGUUCUAAUGGUUUUCAUGUUGGCAGAUACCAUGAUUUGGAACAUAUCACUGGAACCGGCUGCUUUCACUGAUAAAGAAGAUCCACAUAUUCUGAAAGUUGUACGAAAAACCAGUUCGAAUGUUGUUGUUCCUCUACCAUUGACCGUUUCUAGACGAAACAAGAUCAUUAAAGUCGAUGAAGAACAUUGGAGUUCUGUACCUUCUUCCUCGAGUGUUCGAAAAGAACACGGCGUCGGGAAAUUCAGGCGAAAAGUAGCAGAGUACGGGAUUUUCGAGUCCGAUGACUUGACGAAGAAGUUCCAUGGCCGAGUUCUGGGAUACUUCAACAAUGGAUGUGAAGUUCACUUCUUCAUGACAUGGAUUUCACCGGUCGAGUCCUUCGGGAGAAGGGAAACCAUGGCUGUUGAAAGCGUUUUUAAAUCCCACCCCAAUGGUUGCUUGAUGAUUCUAUCGAGAACCAUGGACUCGGUCCGAGGUUAUCAGAUACUGAAACCGUUGAUUGAUCGUGGCUUCAAAGUCACGGCGGUGGCGCCGGACUUUCCGUUUCUGGUCAAGAACACACCGGCCGAAGCUUGGUUUAACGACAUGAAGAGUGGUAAAAAAGACCCCGGUGGGAUCCCAUUGGCACAGAAUCUCUCGAAUUUGAUCAGGCUCCUAGCGUUACACAAGUACGGAGGCGUUUACCUGGACACGGACUUCAUCGUGUUAAAAAGCUUUAAAGGGCUGAAGAACACGAUCGGAGCACAAAGCGUGGAUGGCACGUCAAAGAACUGGACGAGAUUGAACAAUGCAGUGUUGGUGUUCGACAUGAACCAUCCACUUGUAUUCAAGUUCAUCGAGGAAUUUGCUUUGACAUUUGAUGGGAACAAAUGGGGACACAAUGGACCAUACAUGGUUUCCAGGGUGGUCGGAAGAGUUGAAGGCCGUGCCGGUUAUAACUUCUCGAUCUUACCACCCAUGGCAUUUUACCCGGUCGAUUGGAUCAAAAUCGGGAGCCUUUUCAAGGUCCCGAAAGACCGAGCAGGGUCGAGAUGGGUCGAAGCUAAGGUGCAGCAGCUAAAAGAGAGAGCAUAUGGAGUUCAUCUAUGGAAUAAACAGAGCAGCAAAUUGAGGGUUGAAGAAGGAAGUGUAAUGGGAAGAUUAAUGGCGGAACACUGUGUUUUGUGUAAAAAUGUAUACACUUCUUAAAUUGUACAUACUUUUGUGAAUUAAAUGUAUAUCAGUGACAAGUGAUACUCCAUUUUUGGUAAUGUGAAAAGCACGAGCAUGUCAA